UUGGGCCAGUUCAGUUCAUUCAACACCAGUGUACACUGUAAAGUGAACAGACAUUCCUAGCGCAUUUUUCACAGAGCGCCGCGUCACGUUUUCAUUAAUUGAGCCAUUAGUGAUGUUCUUUUGUGAUUGGUGAACUAUGGAGAUGGAGGAUUAAUCUUUGUUAAAUAUCAGACAUUAAGAUGGUGUCGAGGAGAAAGAUAUUGUCCCGAUCCCGAGACGAUUUAACUCUUGAUGAUGAUCCGCCGCGAGGGAAUCUGUUCUCCGCCAGGUUUGAGGAAGACGUCUGGUACACUAAGCAGAAACUUUUCUCGGACCAUGUUGGAGAAAUAAUAAAAAAGUGGGAAUCUAUUGAUGAUGAGAUCUGGGCUAAAGCAAUUGUUAUGGAGAGAAACAGAAGAGUAGCAAAGGCAUACGCUAGAGCACCUGUGCUUACAGUUAAUGGAGGAGAAGGAGGGUUCGACGGAUUCAGGCUCGGGUUGAAUGGAUUUUCCAACCCAAUGAGGGAUCCGAAAACUGAAGAAUUUAAGGAGGCUAUAGGACUAGGCGCGAAGGUGAAAAUGGAUGAGAAUGGAAAUAUUUUGGUGAAACGUCUCAGUAAAAGUCCGGUGUAUGUUCACAGUGGUCUGGAUGAGGGGUCAUUCUCCAAUAGUCUUCUGAAGAUAUCCAACAAUGUUUUGGAUAUGGAUAAACCACAUAGCAACCUUCCUACCUAUACAUGCCUUUCUACUUGCCUACUUAGCUUUAUUUCUACUUGCUUAUCUACCGAACUACCUUACUACCUACCUUCAUAUCUUUAUACCUUCCUCCUACCUUCCUACCUACCUACCUACCUACCUACCUACCUACCUAGGCUUGAGUCCCAAUGUGUAAUCUCUAUCUGCUUCGUGAAGUAUGAAGAAGAACUCCUGGAUUCACCAAUAUGGAUUCUAAUUAUCAAUAUUGUUGCUCUAGAGAUGCUUAAAGCAAAACUACCCAACAGUUCCCGAGUUCCCCUAUACACAGUUAAUGGUGACAAAACCUUUCCUGUUUCAGGAAGUUCUGAUGAGGAUCCGUAUAGUCUAACAUCUGGUAAUGGUUCAUCAGGCUCGUCGAAAGAUAAGGACAAGUCUGGAAUUCUUCUAAAAAAAGAGAAAGAUUAUUUUGUUCCUCAAAACUGGACUUCUACCCAGGAUAGGAGAAGGGACAGGUCCAGAGACAAUUUCCUAGACGAAUCUGAAAGUGCUACUCUAAAACCAAGAACGAACAAUAGACGAAGAAUUCUGAAAAAAUCUGACGAAAAAAAGAAAAUAGUUGAUGACCCCUACUACUGUGGGUUCAGUGCUCGGGUUCCUGCAUUUGCCUCAGCUCCGGUUCAACCCGCGACACCAAAACUCGAGAAAAACAAGGGAAGAGAAAACUAUUAUAUGAAGAUUCCCUUUCAUAAACAAGCAGACCCAGUUUAGAUAUAGUUAGCAGACCCAGUUUGGAAUAGUUUAGCAAUUUAAAAUCGAGUGUAGCCGACCCAUGGUUUAGAAUAGAGUGUAACAGACCCAGUUUUGAAUCUAGUUUAGCAGACCCAGUUCAGAAUGUAGUUUAGCAGAUCCAGGUUAAAAUCUAGUUUAGCAGAUCCAGUUUAGAAUAUAGUGAAGCAGAUCCAGUU